UUACUGAAUGUGCAGAUACCACAGCCCUCCCUCGAGCGACAGGCACUCACGGUCAGCCCACUCGGCCGACCCCUGCCGGCUGUAGUGGCAUACUGGGCAGUGCCAGCCCGACCGGUACAGCUGAGAAGAUCAACACACAGCACACAACAGACACAAGGUCAGACGUCUUAGUGCCUGUCAGAAGCUGUCUCCCCAUCUCUGCCCGUGAGGGUACUGACGAUGUGGAUGCCGGGCCUCCUGAUAUCCACCUGGACGCACAGAACACAGCACGUGGGAGUCGUGUCGCCGUAUUCCCAUGCAUCCCAAUAGUCACCUCGUUACGAGGGCCGAUGUCGACGCCUUGCCACACGUCGUGUGGCAGCAGGGAGCCGAGCUGCGCCAACUUGAGGGCGGUGGGGCUUUCCAGAGAGAGCUUGGUCCGGUCGAUGAGGUCCUUGAAACUCGUCAU